GCGCAAGAAAAAUAUGGACUUAAUGAAGGCAUCCAGCUCGCCGCCAGUUGGUUACAAUAACUAUUUGGAUCAAACACAAAAUCUAGUGCAUCCGGAGUGGGAGCUAGUUGAUCCCACACCCGACAUAUUUGCCAUGUUUGUCCGCUUCGAUCAGAAGUUUUUUCAGAAGCGUCUUGGCGCCGUUGUUGUUGAGUGGAGCAAGCGCAUGUAUUCCUGUGCUGGCAUUUGCUAUCAGCGUGGCAAUCGAUUCGUCAAGGAGAUAAUCAUACGGCUCAGUGAGCCGCUGCUAAAGCUGCGUCCACGCAAGGACUUGGUCGAAACAUUGCUGCACGAAAUGAUACACGCCUAUUGCUUUGUGCUCAAUAUACGCGAGGGUAAUGGCGGACAUGGACCAAACUUUAAGCGCAUCAUGGGCAUCAUUAAUAAAGUCGCUGGCACCAAUAUAACCGUCUAUCAUACCUUUCACGAUGAGGUGAAUGCCUAUAAGACUCACAUUUGGCGCUGCAAUGGCGUCUGCCAGUUUCACCAUCCCUUCCAGGGCUGGGUGAAGCGCACCUCGAACCGUGCGCCCGGCCCGAGCGAUCAAUGGUGGGCCAAGCAUCAGCGCGAUUGCGGCGGCACCUUCGAGAAGGUGAGUGAGCCAGCCAAGCCCGCUGGCAGCAAAUCAAUGCCAAAACCCAAAGGACCGAAGUACACAACCAAAUUCAAGAAUGAAACAACAACAACAACAGCUGGUGAUGAUAUACGCAAUUAUUUUGGCAAGCCAAAGCCUUCAGUUAACCUAUUGCCACAAGUGCAGCCGGCUCUCGGUCUGCCGGGCGCCUUUCCGCCCACAUCAUAUCCGGGCUUAUCGGGCAACCCCUUUGGUGGCCGCGGGCCUAGUGCUGGCACCAAGAGGCGUAACAAUGUGGUCGGCUUCAAAGACCUAAUCGACCUAAGCAGCGCCGACGAGGACAGCAAAGGCGAUGUCAAACCCACUUUACCGAAUCAAGAUGAAAUGCAAGGCAAGGGCUACAGUAUGAGCAAUGGCAGUACCGACCCCGCUGCCAGCCCUGCUCGCUUCUCGGACACUGUCAAUCUCAAUCAUUUGCGUGAGGUAUGGUCAAAGCGUUUCGAAAACAAUGAUCAAAAGAAGGAGAAGGUGAAGGUGAAGAAGGAGAUCAAGCAGGAGCCAGAACCCGAGCGCAACAAUCCAAGCAAGCGUCGUCGGAUUUCCGAAAAUACCGGUGGCUGGGUGUCCUACGAUAAAGAUGUAAUGGUAUGCGAUGUGACCGAGCCUGUCAUAAAUAUUUCAGACAGCGACGACGAUGUGCAGCCGGUGCCCAAGGUGGCGGCACCAGCCGUUGCCAAAACUACUUCACAAUUGUCCAGCCAGGAGCGCACCAUCAACAUCAAGCGUGAGGUGAUGGAGGAUGAGACGCUGUAUGGGGACGAUGAGAUCUUUAUGAUUGAUGAUGAGUACGAUGAUACUAUCAGUGAACUGAGUGCUGCCGCUGAGCUGGCCGAUCAGUCGAUCAUCGAUGAUAUAUUCGGCGAGGAUACGCUCCUGCAGGAGUUCCAGCGUGAGAAUGAUGUGGUGCCCUGCAGCUCGCGCUAUCAAUACGAUGCUGGCAACGACAUAACCAGCUGUCCCAUUUGCUUUGAGAAAAUGAAACGUUCAGAGUUUUCCAAUCAUCUUGAUGGCUGCAGCAUCACCAUUCGUGUGCCGCCGCCAACCAUUAAGCCGAACGGCCCACUGCCCGGCGACAGCAACAGCAUCAACAAGCCGAAAAACAAACAUAAGCCAAAGGUGAACAGGCGCCAGUCCGCAACAUCAAAGCGUGAGAUUUUGAAGAGCUCCGGCUACUCAAGUGCCGACAUAGCUGCCUUAGAGCUCAGCUCAUCCAGCGAGUCCAGUGAGUCCCCAAGGAGCAGUGAGAGUGACAUGACACCGCGUCAGAUGCGCCAGCGCUCGCUCUACAAGCAGACCACAGAGUGCCCCAAAUGCGGCCAGGAGCUGCUGGGCCACCAAAUGGAAGCGCAUCGCAACAUCUGCAAGCGCACCAAAUAAUUUAGCUAUAUAUAUCUGUAUACGACUCAAGUUGUCCGAUAUGCA